AUGGUAUUGAGCAGCAUACAAGAUCUUCCUGCAGAAAAUAUUUCUUUCACAAUUUUCAGAUUGAAUGGAUUCUAUUCUUUGGGAGAAUGGCGGCGCUUUCUAUUCAUCCCAUAUUUCUUUAUGCUUUUAUUGUCUACCACCUCUAACUCCAUUCUGAUAUAUUUAAUUGUAUCUCAGAGAGCUCUGCACUCUCCGAUGUUUGCAUUAAUUGGUGUAAUGGCUGUUGUGGACUUGCUUAUGCCAAUGUUUUCUGUACCACAUAUGCUGUUUAGCUUUUUAUUUGACUGGAAUGGAAUUUCACUUGUGGGCUGUUUAAUACAAAUAUUUUGCAAUCAGUAUGUUGCUGCAUAUCAGUCUACUUUGCUGAUGUGGAUGGCUCUAGAUCGGUUCUUUGCUAUAUGCAGACCUCUUUCUUAUCACAAUUAUAUGCAAAUGUCCAACUUUAUGAAGUUUAUUAUUGUUCCAGUAAUUAGAAAUACACUCUUAAAUAUUGCUGUGAUUUCUUUGGCUGGAAAACUACAUUUUUGUAUGAAAAAUGAGAUAGAUCACUGUUUUUGUGAAAACAUGGGAUUGACCCAGCUAGCAUGUGGAAAUAUUUCUGUGAACAACUUACUUGGACUUUUGUGUACUCUUCUAAUACCAACUACAGAUUUUAUUUUUAUUACUGUAUCUUAUAUAAUUAUAUUUGCUUCUGUCAUGAAAUCAGGGAAGUCCAGCAUGAAGGCCAUCAACACUUGUAUAACACAUAUAAUCGUCAUCACAUUUAGUUUAAUAUUUGUUUUGACAGCUUCUUUAUCAUACAGAAUUAAAAAUGAUUUUUCUGCCAACAGCCGUACUUUUUUAAGUACAAUGUACUUACUUUUUCCAAGCUGUUUCAACCCAAUUAUUUAUGGAGUGAGAACAAAAGAAAUAAAGCAGCAGUUUCUUAAAUUCUUUAACCAUAUAAAAAUUUUACCACAUUGA